GCCUCGCUCCGCAGUCCGCGUCCGAUCGCCGCCGAGUGUGCACGUCGCUUGUCGCCCCGCGCCCCCCACAGAGAUGAGUGCCACCUAACCUGCAGCCGCCUCAGCAUGGACGAGGUGAACUUCGCCGCGCAGUGUCUCCUGGAGAUGUCCCACAGCAAGGACCACCUCAGCCGCCCCCUGGACCUGUCGUUCAGCGCGUCGCCGGCCGUCAUCGUGGAGACGCUGCCCGCCGCCAAGGAGACCCAGGAGUCGUCCUACAUGGUGGCGCGCAUCCUCACGGACCUCACCAGGAUCAAGCAGGAGCCGGUGCCCGAGGUGCCGUCGGAGGAGGACGACGGCUACGCCGGCCUGACGGACAGUUCGGGCGCCAGUGCGAAGGCCGAGCCGAAGGCGGAGGCGCCGGCCCCGCGGAAGGCCGCCGCCCCCAAGGCGCAGACUAGGUUCGGGCCGCAGAACAGAAAGACUCACAAGUGCUCGUACGAGGGAUGCCACAAGAUCUACGGCAAGAGCUCGCAUCUGAAGGCGCACUUGAGGACGCACACAGGAGAGCGACCGUUCCCGUGCAGUUGGAACAAUUGUGGAAAGAGAUUCGCCCGUUCGGAUGAGCUGGCAAGGCACACUCGCACUCACACGGGAGAAAAAAACUUCGCAUGUCCAGUCUGCAACAAGAAAUUUAUGCGAAGCGACCACCUGAGCAAGCACGCGAGGAGGCACCCCAACUUCGACCCGUCGAUCCUGCGGCAGCGCCGGGCCCCCAACCGGGCCUUCUCGAUCAAUUCCAGCGAUGGUACCCCCUCGGAUGUGCUCUCCGACUCGAUGCCCAGCCCGUAGAAGGUUUAAGCUGUUAAAGACUCUCUCUUUCUUCUCAUUCUGUGAAUAUUUAACAUCCACAAGUGUGUUGCCUUUCUAAAUUCUCCAUUCUCAACAAACUGUACGGUUUUUGGAAUUUUGAUAAAUGUCUUUCUCGAUCUUGUUUGUGUUACUUAACGGUAGUCACACUGUUUGUUUAGUUUAAACGAGUGUUAGAGGUGCAAAUUAGUAGUGUUAUCAAAAUUAUGUUAGGUUUUAAGUUUUAAGGUAGUAACAUGCUCAAUUCCCUCAUUAUUUAGCGUGUUCCAUGAUAAUUACGACUAUUUAUAUCAGGAGUAAGUAAUCUAUGGAAAGUAUGUUGAAUCUAUGUGUUAGAUUUAUUCCCUGCGGAAAUAUUAUUGUAUAUAAUCAUAGAGUAAGGUUUAUUUUUUAUUACGAGAAUAACAUAACUAGAAAUAUUAAAUGAAAAACUAACAAAGUCUUCUAAAAAACACGUUUUUUAUGAUUUUGCAGUUUUUAUUCUUCGAGUUGUUUUUUGCAUUUCUAGAAUUAAUUUUAGUUGUUUGUAUCGGUACCUGUUCUCCUUAAGCAUUUCAAUUAACUUUGAAGUGCACGUCGCUUGUUUUAUUUUUUAACUUAAGUGAUUAAAACGUAUCCUUUAUUUUCGUUUUUAUUUAUUUCCACAUCCUUGAAACGUACCGACAAUCGUAGCACCUUUUAGAACCUUAGUCGCUUCUUUACGACUUUAUUUAACCAUUCUAAAAGUAAGAAAAUAAUAGUGAUGACGUUAGAAUUCUAAAAAGAAGAUUUACGCUAAAAAAUAUCCGUUGUGGUGGAACUGUUUAUUUAUCUGGGUCCUGUAUAUACUUACCACUGCGAAGGCGACUAUUUUGUAAUUAUAAAGAAGUAUAAAUUAUCCAAUCCACCUUUUGUAUAGAGUAGAAUAACUGAAUCGACAAUAUCUGUGUUUGCGUUGUUUACAAAUUUGUUGCCUUUUAUUUCGUCGUCCUGCAGCUGCAGGCGACAGCUUAUCUGAAUAGUCAUGAAGCGUGAAAUUAUCUAUUAACAUCUCAUCAAGUCCGGAACAAUUUCGAUAAAUUGUCGCAAAAUUUGUUUAGCAAUAGAAUCCUGAUUUGUUUGUUUUCUUGCGUUGUGCACUUUCUCUUACCGACCAAUUUAGAAGCAGUGGCAAGAGUUAGAGUAUUUUUGUAAAAAUCAGCUUAUCAUGUGUACCUAAAAUGUUCAAUCACAUUUGAUAUCAUACAAAUGUUCAUUUGUCCUGUAGAAACAUGUAAAUAUUGUAAAUAGAAAUACAAACGAUAUUUAUCAGUGUUUGUGUUAUAAAGUGAGAUAGAUAAUCUCAUAGAUAUGUUAAUAUACAUAAACUAAUAAAAUUAUGGAAAACGUCA